CCUGGAAGAGUUGUGACUCUGGUGGAAGAUCCUGAGGGGUGUGUAUGGGGUGUUGCUUACAGAUUGCCACCUGGACAAGAAUGUGAAGUGAAGGCAUACUUGGACUUCAGAGAGAAAGGAGGCUACAGGACUACAAAUGUCAUUUUCUACCCCAAAGACUCCUCAGUAAAGCCAUUUGAUGUCCUGCUCUACAUUGGCACGUGUGAUAACCCUAACUACCUUGGUCCUGCUCCUCUGGAGGAGAUUGCAGAACAGAUUCUGAACGCUGUUGGUCCUAGUGGAAGAAACACAGAAUACCUGUUUGAACUUGCCAGUUCCAUCAGAAACCUCGUACCAGAGGAUGUAGAUGAGCAUCUCUUCUCCUUAGACACUAGUAAGGAAACUCUUGGAAAAGCAUCAAAACCUCAACAGUCUAUAAAAUAG